AUGGCAAAGACCGCAAAAGUCAAGAAGCGCCCGGUGACCAUUCACUCACGUGCUGCCCGACGCGCCGCCUCUCCCUCUCUCAAUCUUGACAAAUCCGCCCAAAAGCCCGCCAACACAACCCGAGAUUCCGCCUCACCAUCGCGGCCCUCGCAAGCCAAUCCUCAUGCCCUAAAGGCAAAAGAUGCCGGCAUCCAGAAGAAGCAAAAGAAAGACACAAAGAUGACGCGCGCACAACGGUUACGUUACCAAAGAGGGCUUGAGCGUGCCGAGGAAAACAUGGAUAAGCUGGAGAAGAAGAGGGCCAAGAGCGUGGGCAAAUCGAAGAAGAUUGUAGAGCGGGCUAAGGGCUGGGAGGACGUGAAUGGUGACGGAACGAAGAAGUCGAAGAAGCAGAUUGCGAUUGAGCAGCUGGAGGAUGAGGAAAAGAGGAAGGAGAGGGAGUGGGUCAGCGAUGAGGAUAUGGAUGUUGAGGAAGAGACGGCGGCGGUGGAGGAGAAUGGUGAGGUCAAGGGCGAGGGCAAGGAGAUGGAUGCUGAGAUCUCGGAAAAAGUUCCGGCGCCUGUCGAAGUGGAGGAAAUGCUUUGA